UACAACCUUGAGAAAUUCCUCAUGGCAAAAUUUUGCUCAUUUCUCCUAGUUUAUGCAGCUUUAAUACUCACUUCCCUCUCAAAAUUCAACCAUGCAACCGAUCAGCUUGCUCUCCUCUCCUUCAAGUCCAUGCUAGCUAAUGACCCUAAACAAUCAUUAUCCUCAUGGAACAACUCCAUCCAUUUCUGCAAAUGGACAGGCAUCACUUGCAGUGGCCGAAAGCACCCUCGUAGAGUCAUCUCGUUGGUUCUCAGCUCUCUCGGUCUCUCUGGAUCGAUAUCACCUGCCAUAGCCAACCUCACAUUUCUCAGAAACAUCGAUCUUUCUAAUAACCAAUUUCAUGGGUUCAUCCCCAAAGAGGUCGGUCAUAUCAUCCAACUUCAGCAUCUCAAUCUGAGCAUGAACUCUCUCCAAGGAGGUAUCCCUGAAUCGCUGUCUAAUUGUUCGCAGUUAAGAAACAUCAGUAUGCGUGAUAACCUGCUGACAGGUAAGAUUCCACUUGGUUUCAGCAAAUGUUGGAAUCUUCGACUCAUACACCUGAGCAAUAACAGCCUUAUAGGAAAUAUACCACCUUCAUUGACGAACCUCUCAUACCUGAAAGUACUAAGUUUGAGCUCAAACGAACUUGCUGGAAGCAUCCCAGGUUCAAUAGGAAACCUACAUUCUCUCACUUAUCUCUCACUAGCUAAUAACCAGUUAUCGGGGGCCAUUCCUCCUUCAAUUGGAAAACUCUCGAAACUGACAGCAUUGGGACUUCUCAGCAACAAUCUUACAGGAAAUAUUCCCUCUUCGGUAUGGAAUCUGUCAUCUCUUACUCGCCUCUCUAUGGGUUAUAAUAAUCUAUCGGGUUCACUUCCACAAUCUUUAGGCCAGGCUCUUCCUCUGAUUGAAACACUAGACCUUUUCAAUAACCAAAUUCACGGAGCUCUCCCGGUGUCGUUAUCCAAUGCAUCCAGUCUUAUACGAAUCGAUCUUUCCUUCAACAGGUUCAGUGGUACAAUCCCUUGGAACAUAGGAAGCCUAUCGAAUUUAGAAUGGAUAAAUUUCGGUAACAACUUUUUAGAAGCUAAGGAAGCCGGUGGAUGGAGCUUUCUCGAUAGUUUGACCAACUGUACCAAUUUACAGGUUCUUCAGCUAGACUCUAAUAAGCUUGGUGGAGUUCUGCCAUACUCCAUCACAAACCUUUCCACUGAGCUUCAGCUACUAACUAUUGGAGAUAAUGGGAUAUCGGGAAAAAUAUCGGCAGAGAUAGGAAACCUCAUUGGUUUGACGAACUUGGAUUUGGGUCCAAACUUGCUCACAGGUUCAAUUCCUCCCUCUAUUGGGAAGCUCCAACACAUGCAUGAAUUGGAUGUUAAUAAUAACAAGCUCUCUGGAGAGAUCCCAUCCACCCUCGGCAACCUCACUCAACUUGUUGCUAUUUUCUUAGACUACAAUCAAUUGAGCGGGAACAUACCAGGAAGUCUCAGAAAUUGCCAGAAUCUAAAUCUGUUGAAUCUCAAUUCCAAUAGCCUUACCGGUGGCAUACCCAAAGAGAUUCUUGCCAUAUCCACCCUCAGCAUCAGUCUAUCCUUGGCAUUCAAUUCACUUACAGGGUCAAUACCGUUAGAAGUUGGGAACUUGAGAAACCUGGGAAUGCUUGAUGUUAGUAUGAACAGAUUGUCUGGAGAACUACCUAGUAGUCUCGGGGGGUGCUUAGAGCUACAAGAGCUUUUCUUUCGCGGGAACCUCUUUCAUGGAAAAAUCCCUUCAUCCCUGAGUGCUUUAAGAGGCAUUCAAUACAUCGAUCUUUCAAACAACAACUUGUCAGGUACAAUUCCGGAAUUUUUAGAGGAGUUUCAUUUCCUACUCUAUCUCAACCUCUCUUUCAAUAAUUUCGAGGGCGCAGUUCCAAGAACUGGGGUUUUUACCAACACAAGUGCACUUUAUGUAAGUGGGAACAGCAAGCUCUGUGGAGGGAUUCCAGAACUGAACUUGACAGCAUGCCCCUCUCAAUCUCUAAACAAGAGGCAUGACUCUCAUCGAUUCAUAGCGAUCAUAUCAGUUGCUGGGUCAUUUGCGCUCUUGUUUGUGGUCUUCUCUUUUCUAGUUGCAUCCUGCUGGAUGCAAAAAUCAAGAAGAAAACAGCUAGACUCAGAAUCCAUGACUGAGCAAGAUAGAGUAUCUUAUGCUGAACUUUUGAGAGCAACAAAUGGAUUCUCUACUGAUAAUCUAAUUGGAAGUGGAAGCUUUGCAAAAGUUUACAAAGGCAUUCUCCAUGAAGAUGACGAUAACUUGAAAGUUAUCGCCGUGAAGGUACUGAACCUUGAAAUGCAAGGAGCAUCCAGGAGCUUUCUAGCAGAAUGCAGAGCCUUGAGAAAUAUCAGGCAUCGGAAUCUUGUUAAGAUCCUGACAGCAUGUUCAAGCACCGAUUUUAGUGGUAAUGAGUUUAAAGCCGUGAUUUUGGAUUUCAUGGUUAAUGGAAGCUUAUAUGAUUGGUUGCAUUCCGAAGAGAAUGAAAAGAAACUGGACCUCGUAAAGAGGAUAAACAUAGCCAUUGAUGUAGCUUCAGCGUUGGAUUAUCUGCACAAUUAUGGUGAGCAACCUAUUGUUCAUUGUGAUUUGAAACCGAGCAAUGUUCUUCUUGAUGAUGAUAUGACUGCACAUUUGGGUGAUUUUGGGCUCUCAAGGUUUCUCAAAGAAAUUGCCAGCAAGUCCUCUCAGUACUCAACAAGCUCUUUUGGUUUGAAAGGAACUAUCGGAUAUGUUCCUCCAGAGUAUGGAAUGGCGAACAAAGUGUCAACACUAGGAGAUGUGUACAGCUACGGGAUACUUGUACUGGAAAUGUUCACUGGAAAAAGUCCCACUGAUGACAUUUUCGUGGACGGUCAAAGCCUUCGGACCUUUGUGGAGAUGGCAUUUCCUGAAAGAGUUGCAGAUAUCAUCAAUGUGAAACUGCUCGAUGAUCAAGUGACCGAUAAUGAUCGGAGUGUGAAUGGUUCGAGAGUUAUAAAGUGUAUAGCUUCAGUGCUUCGAAUUGGCAUUGCGUGUUCAAUUGAAGUACCAGCGGAGAGAAUGGAGAUAGGGGAAGUCAUCAAUGAACUGCACAGGAUCAGAAAUGUUCUCCUAAGAGAUGGAGCGGCUCAGCUGAAAGAUGAAGGUUCAUCAAGAACAGUUUGACGCCAGGUUGCCAGCAAUCAAGAAUGUCACUGAAACUUUAUCGAAUACAUUACAGAAGAUUUGCUUAAGGUUUGUUCAAUCACAAGAAACUAGUGACGCUGUGUCCUCUUAUCUUCAAUUUCUAUUCAAAUAAUCAUCGACAUUUCA